AAUCUGGGCGAGGGCACUCUCUGGGCAGCGCAGUGGCUGUGUCGCUGGGAGACCCUUGCGGUGGGCAGGGCCGCCCCUCGCUGUGCCCCAGUCCGUCCCCAGGAGCCAAGGUGCUCCGGCUCGAGGCCGCGCCGAGAGCACUAUGCCCCAGAACGUGGUCCUCCCGGGCCCUGCGCCCUGGGGCUUCAGACUCUCAGGGGGCAUAGACUUCAACCAGCCUUUGGUCAUCACCAGGAUUACUCCAGGAAGCAAGGCGGCAGCUGCCAACCUGUGUCCUGGAGAUGUCAUCUUAGCUAUUGAUGGCUUUGGUACAGAGUCCAUGACUCAUGCUGAUGCACAGGACAGGAUUAAAGCAGCAGCACACCAGUUGUGUCUCAAAAUUGACAGAGCAGAAACUCGCUUAUGGUCUCCACAGGUGUCUGAAGAUGGGAAGGCUCAUCCUUUCAAAAUCAACUUAGAAUCGGAACCACAGGAUGUGAACUACUUUGAACACAAGCACAAUAUUCGGCCCAAACCUUUCAUUAUCCCAGGCCGAAGCAGUGGAUGCAGCACUCCGUCCGGUAUUGACGGUGGCAGUGGACGUAGCACCCCUUCUUCUGUCAGUACUCUUAGUACUAUUUGCCCAGGUGACUUGAAAGUUGCUGCUAAGAUGGCCCCUAACAUUCCUUUGGAAAUGGAACUUCCCGGUGUGAAGAUUGUACAUGCUCAGUUUAAUACACCUAUGCAGUUGUACUCAGAUGACAAUAUUAUGGAAACACUUCAGGGUCAGGUUUCAACAGCUCUAGGGGAAGCACCCUCCAUGAGUGAACCCACAGUCUCAGUGCCUCCCCAGUCUGAUGUAUACCGGAUGCUCCAUGACAAUCGGAAUGAGCCUACUCAGCCUCGCCAGUCGGGCUCCUUCAGAGUGCUCCAGGAAUUAGUGAAUGAUGACGACCGUCCUGCUGGAACCCGGAGUGUGAGAGCUCCCGUUACCAAAGCCCACGGCAGCGCUGGCAGCGCUCAGAAGAUGCCACUCUGUGACAAAUGUGGGAGCGGCAUCGUUGGUGCUGUCGUGAAGGCACGGGAUAAGUACCGGCAUCCAGAGUGUUUCGUGUGCGCCGACUGUAACCUCAACCUCAAACAGAAGGGCUACUUCUUCGUGGAGGGGGAGCUGUACUGCGAAACUCAUGCAAGGGCUCGCACGAGGCCCCCAGAGGGCUACGACACAGUUACUCUCUAUCCCAAAGCUUAAUGACAUCUUACACAGACCGGAGCACACACACUCAAGCACGCUUACACAGGAAGACAUCCAUGGCUUUGGGUGGAAGUAUAGCAAACUGUUGGCUCCAAACCUAAAACCAAGGCUUUUAGACGUUUAUCUUAUUGUUACUGAAGAAAAGGGAGCGGGAGACAAGUGCCGGCUGUAAAUGGACGUGGAAACGUACACUUAGCUAUGUUUGCAGCUUUCUCCCUCUUGGGCUAGCAAUAAUUUAGUCACAUUUAACGCACUAAAUUUUUUGUAUGUCAUACUCCGCAAUUUAUAUUUAUAUUAUGACAUCAAGAGAUUUGGGGGAGUCUGAUUACCUUUUCUUAACAAGCUGAUUUUGCAACUGUAGUAAGUACCAAAUGACAAUCUUGCAUUCUAACACAACCUGUAAUUGUCUGUUACCUGUUUUAACUGUUAUAGUGCAUGUCAGAAAGAAAUUCCCUAGAUUUCUCUAGUUUCAUAUUCAAACAAUUAUACCACCAGAUGCAACACACAUAAUAAAUACAUAAAUAUUUUUAAAAUA